UUUAUCCAAGUGUUCUGAAUUUUUCUAUUACUCCGUACUACGAGUACCAUUUCAUCGUCAUACCGAUUAGCCGGUCUUCUGAUUCUUCUUCUUCUUCUUCUAUUUUGCCCAGAUCUACAGUACCGCCAUUGUUCCUUUCCUCUAAAACCCCAAUUUAUUUCAUCACUUCACUCCCAAACACUAAAAUGUAUGAUCCAAACAAUCAAUUUUCAUACACCAAUAAUUCUUAUUAUCCCACUCAAUCUUUGCCCCCUUCAAUCCCUAAUCCUUCGUUCUCACACCCUCAUCCUCAUCCUCAUUUCCAAUCUCUCUCUUUUGAUUCUUCCUUGACCUUCCCUUGUCCUCCUCCUCCCGGGACAAAUUCAUUUCCUGUUUCUGAACAAUACCCAUCUAAUUAUUCGGGUUACGGAGCCCAACCCGUUAGUUAUUCGGAUCCUACUGCUGUUUCGGCUAGUUGGGUAGUCAAACAAUCCGCCCCUGUUAAGUAUUCUCCUGCUAUCCAGCCAUUGAGGAGUGAUGCCGCUGUUUCAACGAGUUAUGUGGCCCCACCGAACUACAACUUGAUGUAUCAAAACUCGGUGAGCAAUGUCCCAAAGAAAAAACUAAAACGACACCAGGUGAUUCCUAAAACUAUUCCGGCGAAUCAAAGUGUACGGUGUCAGGUUUGUAAUAUCGAGUGCGACACUGUUCAAGUUUAUGAGAAGCACUUAUCUGGGAAGAAGCAUGCGAAAGGUCUUUUGAAACUUUAUGGUUCUGCUCAACAGUCUGAAGUUAUGCAAACAUCUCAGUCAAUUAUUAGUAAAUGCACUACUUCUGGUGGACAAAACAUGCCAGGAGUUGCAACUAAGCCCGUUAAUUUGGAGGUCAAGAGGCAGAAACUUUUGGAAGGUGGAGCUGCAGUUCAGUCUGUGAGGGUAUGCGCUAUAUGCAAUGUAGCAUGUAAUGGGGAAAUAGCAUUUGCUGAUCACCUUGCUGGAAAGAAGCACGCUGUUCAGGAACAUGCUAGCAAAAAAUUGGUUGAUUCAAACUCUGCUUCAGUGAGUAUUGGAGAAUCCAAUGCACAAAACACCUUAACCAAGAAAAGGAAAAACGGGGAACCUGCUCCGGCAUGGUGUGAUGUUUGUAAAAUCAGUUGCACAAGCAGUGAUUCUCUCAAUAUUCACUUGGUGGGGAAGAAACACCAAAAGAACUUGCAGAAAGUAAGUUCCAACAACAUUGCUCCUGCCUCAAAAGCUGCUCCACUUCCUUCAACAAACCCAUGUACAGGAGGCGAAGGAAAUACAACUGCUGCAAAAACACCUGUGCCCAAACCACAACAGGCUAAGCAGACCAAAGACGUGGAGACAAAGAAACGAAAUGUUUUGGAAAGUGGGGCUUCUGCUAAUGCCGUGAGAGCGUGCACUAUAUGCAGUGUGGUUUGUAACAGUGAGACUGUCUUCAAUUCACAUCUUGCUGGCCUGAAACAUAAAGCUAUGGUGAAAAUGGGUGAAGCUGCAAAAGCAAGUAGUGGUCUCCAAGCUAUGUACCCAGCUGCUACAUGAAGAUUUUAAACAGAAUUGGGACUCUUCUUUCAUUCUUUUAAACUUGUACAUACUAAACAGUAAACACCUAUCCUUUGAAGGGCUCGACCGAAACAGAAACAGGGGUUUUAUGGGAAUUACCUCAAGUGGCAGGUAAAAUGCUGCCCUUUAUUGUGACAAGUGGAAUUUUUUGCCAAUGUCUGGACUUACAUUCAGCUUUGCACACUCUAAAAAGGGGUUAUCAGAAAAAGCCCUUUAAUUUGGACAGACAAAUUGCGAAGAUAAUUUAUCCGAUCCACAAUCAGGAAGAAGAUGUGUUUGGAAUUGGAUGCAUAGUUUGGGUUGGCCAUGACAGUGUAUUACUGCUUUUCGGAAGGCUGGAAUGUCAUAAUUUUAAGAGAACAAUGUUGAUUUGCAAACCCGAAGAGAAGCUUCAUGUAUUGGAUUAUGGAUGCUGGACAAGUCUAUAUGAAUUUCCUGGUACUCUUGUUUAGAGGGUUAUUUAAAUUUUUUUAACUGAUUGAAUGAGAUUUCUUGUAACAGAGGUAGAAACUGCCAUUAUGCUAUGGUAACCUGCAUGGUUAUUAAAAUCGCGAUUUAAAUCGUAGAAUUUUACAAUUUUACAAUUUAAAUACGGUCUUACGAUUCGAUUCACGAUUC